UCUCUCCCCAUCUUGAGUUGGUGAAUACAACUUUAGCUCUCCCCUUGUAUUCAUCAAAUGGCUCCUCUUUUGCUUCUUGAAGGUGAAAAACUCCGGCAACUGGCAAGAAUAAUCCGAAACCAAGAGAUAGAGUCGGUGAAAAAUAUUCAAUUCAAAUCCGAACCGGAACAAGUCAAAUAUAUGAGAUCCGUGGGAGAUAAUUACCACGCAGCGCUAAAGCUUCUCGACGAUGCAGAAAACGUCAAGCAAACAUUCAAAGACGACGAAACUAAAUCGUCGAUCGCUCAUGAAACAUAUUCUUACGUGGAAAAAGCCGUUAACAUCUCGCUUCAAGCAGUGAGAAACUAUACACUUAGAGCAAACUACCUAUCAAAGAUUGGUGCACACUCCAAAGACAUAUUUGAAGCAUUGAAAACCUUAGAUCCAAACAAUGUCACCAAUGUAGCUCGUUUGGCCAAGGAGGCUAAUCAAUACAAUGAGAGUAUGCAACUACUCAUGAUAAAGCACCAAAGUCCAGCUUCACGCAAUUUCUCCAAAUGGCUUAAAGACAGUGGAACUAAAUUUGAGGAUCUCGUCGCAAGGUACCAAAACAAGCGUGGUUUCACGGGGCUCUUCAAAAAUUUGAAGGAUGAAGAAAAGCUGCUGGUGUAUAACGACAUCAUUGAGGCUUCUGGGCGAGGAAGUGUGAUUGCAGACACCCUAUCAACCAUCUCUGGUGCAGCGGGCAUUCUGUUUCUCAUUCUUGCAGCCGGAAUCAUGGUAUGGGACAUCUUUACAGCUGAACAUGUUCUUCAAACAGCAACAAAAGAUGUAAUGGAGACUGCUGCGGCAGUAGGUGGGGCUAUGGUUGGACAAGUUAUCGGAGCCGCCUUGCCGACUUUAGCUGGCGUCGAAGCUUCUGCUCUGUUUUUAAUGGUCACAGCAGUUAUAGGCAGCAUUGUGGGAGCCUUUGUGUUAGGUUCCUUUGUUGGUUGGUUGGUUGAUGUUAUCUUUAGUUCUGGAGGUGAUUAUCCUCUCAGCACCGAUGGCCACACUUGCUACGUUGCCCCAUUGCCUGACGGUGAGGCCAUCGCACGUCAAAUUGCUCAUCACUAGAACGCUAAGGCUCUAUGUUGCAUGACUCUCUAAGUAAAAUAAGUUGAAAAAUGAAUACUACUAGUAAGUUUAUAUGGAUAAUUAUGAUGGAUAAAUAACCUUGUUUGGAACCUUGUUGAUUAAUGGGGGGAGAAUAUAAAUCUGCUCAUAUUAUGCAUAGUUUAUAAUCUUUUAUCGUUGUUUGAUCAUGUGUUUUUAGAUUUAUUUAUUUCUCCCUUUUAAUCUUAUACUUGAAAGUUCACUCGGUUUAAAUUUUAUUUAUGACA